AUGGAGCAGACCUCUGCCGAGUCAGAUCCCCUGCGCAAUGGACAGCAGCAGGCACGGCAGCUGCAUGAGAGGUCCAGCCUGUAUGAUGUGCCGGCAGAGCAGCCCAGAGUCCUGCUGCUGGACUGCAGCACUAAUGGAACCUUCAUCAAUGGCGCGCGGGCCUUCAGCCAGGGACUGGGGACGCCUCUCAACGACGGAGACAGAGUGUCUCUUGUGCUGUCUGUCACACCCCUCGUGGAACAAUACCUCAUAUUCCAUGCAGAGGAUAAGCAGAUGCUCGCCUCUCCAGCCGCUACCAGGCUCAGGAUGAGAAGUCUGCAGACAAGCAACACCCUGUCGUGCCCGCUGCGAUGCGUGGCCCCCAGCAAGAUCGUGGCCAACGCGGCUGUGCGGAAGCUGGUCCACAGAUUCAAGGUGCCAGCGAAUGUGCGCUCGAGGCAGCCACAGCUCCCGCAGCCUCCAGCGCAGCCAGCCUCCUUCCUGCAGUCUCUGCCACGCCUGCCUGUGGGCGAGCCGCCUGAAGAAGAGGAAGAGGAGAUACAGAUGUCGCAGCUGUGUCCCCUGAACGAUGAGAUCCUGCCCAUCAGCGCCACUGGGCUCAGAAUGAAGCAGGUGGAUGCGCUGCUGCAUCAGGUGGAGAGCAGUGAGAAGGACUCUGAAGUGCUGAUCAGCUCCCUGGAGACGCUGGCAAAAAUUGCCUGGAACGACGACGAGGUGCGGAAGGAGAUAGCGGACCGGGAGGGUGUGUCCACCAUUGUGAAUGUCAUGAAACGAUGGACGGCGUCGGGAGGCGUCCAGUGCAACGGCUGCCUCGCCAUCGUCAGCCUGGUCCGCUCCGAGAGCGAGAUCUGCCAGAGCAACCAGUGGCGCGUGGCGCGGGCGGGGGGCCUGGAGGCAAUAGUGAGCGCGAUGCGGCGCUUCCGUGAGUACGCGAUGGUGCAGCUGUGCGCGCUGCUGUGCAUGGUGCCCCUGGCGCUGGAGAACAACAUCCUGCAGGCCCACCUGGCCGGACUGGGCCUGCCGGACAUCUUCCUCGCGCUCACGCAGCACCUCGACCAGGUCGACCUCCAGGCCAAGGGCCUCGUCGCUCUUGGCGUCCUCGGACAGGGUGAGGAGCCGAUGCACGACGCCAUCCGCGCCAGGCAGCUGCAGCUGGGGGCGGCCAGGGUCAUCGCGCGCGCCCUGGAACACCACGGCCGCAGUAAUGAAGAAGUGCUUUGGGCUGCGCUGUUUGCGCUGGCAGUGUUGGUGCGCGAGGGGUCUGCCCCCCACUCCCUGGCGCUGCGCUCCACCGCAGCAGCCGGCAUGCUGCCCCUGCUGCAGUCCUGCAUGGCCGCCUACAAGGGCUACAGGAAACGCAAGAUCGUGAUAACAGAUUAA